AGCGCGCUUUCCAAGUCAAAUUAUCAUUUUAUUAAUUUCAUAUUACAAUCAUCCAACCACCUACCUGGUAAUAUGAUAGUUAUUGGUAUCCAGGAUUCUUACUGCUCUGAGACAAACGCGCUCAAUCAAACUACAAGAUAUAAAAAUCCACAAAUAACUACCAAACUGAUUCGAACUAGUAGAUUUGGGUGGUUAGACUAACCUGCAACCUCGCCGGACUAACAACAUACGAGCGCAAAGAAGUCAAUCGGCUUAUACAAGCUCGCGACAAAGAUAUUGGAGAUAUUGGAAAUGAGUGAUAGCAAAUGAAUUUGAAGUUUAUAAACUUCAACCCUAUAGGGUUGUGGCGCUGGCGUAUGUUUGGUUUGACUAAGGUAGAAAGUUCGUUACUGAAAUGUGCGUUUGUUUUGAGGUCGGUUUUUGCGUUAAUAAUAUCUUUCAGUAGUGUUCUUCCUGAUCAUGCCGCUGACGCUUUUAAACCCCCGGAGGAACCUUACGCUGGAUGGGUGGAUAAGAUUACGCGAAUAACCUUUCAGGGGUUUUGCAAAUGGGAUUGUAUUUAUUUUACUUUUAUCGCAAACUACGGUUAUAUCUUUGAAAAUAGCCUUGUCUUUCUCCCUGGUUUUCCCAUGUUACUAGGCUUAUUGGGUCGUUUGGCUUUAAGAGUUAGUGCACAUUCUCUGAGUUUAUCUUCUUCAAUCCUUUUAUGUGGAUUCUUGUCAAACUUUGUUUUAAAUCUAGCCUCCACAGUUUUUUUAUAUCGCCUAGGAGUUAUGAUACUGGGUUCUGUAAAAGUGAGUUUUCUUGCUUCGUUACUAUUUUGUUGUAAUCCAGCUACAGUGUUCUUUUCAUCACUUUACUCUGAGUCAUUGUUUUUCUUUUUUACUAUUUCUGGGUUAUAUUUUAUGUAUGUCAACAGGAUCUUAUUGUCUUCUUUGUUAAUCGCGUUUUCUGUUAUGUGCAGAAGCAAUGGGUUGCUAAACAUAGGAUAUUUAGGUUACUUCAUGGUCGUUCGUUCAAACUUCCGGGUUCUAAUAUGGAUAGAUGAAGUUCACAAAACCAGAAAGUCCUUCAUAUCUUUCUUGAUUUUGUCCAUCAAGUGGUGGGUCAACGUUGUUGUUUUCUUCAUGCCACGCCUUGUGUUACUCUUUUUAUGCUCUCUUCCUUUUUUAUUGUAUCAAACCUACGGUUACUUUUUAUAUUGUUCUCGCGUGCAAUCGUCUCACACUGUAUUUCCGUCAAAAAUUCCUGUACCACUGCUUACCUAUGGCCUGGAUCAUGGCUUCUCAAUACCAGUUCGCCUUACAAACGGAUCUAGUUCUUCUCAUUUACCAGUUUGGUGUUCGUUUGCACCACCAUUCUCAUAUUCUUAUAUUCAAAAGAGUCAGUGGAAUGUUGGGUUGUGGGGAUAUUACCAGCUACGGCAAAUUCCAAAUUUUAUUCUAUCCUUACCCGUAGUUACUUUAUGCUUUAUAUGUGCGAUUGUGUUUUACCGAAGAGCUCCAAAAGCAUAUAGAACCUUUGGGCUAUGUGCAGAAUGCGAAAUGGACCGUAUCAUGGUGCCGUAUGUGUUUCAUAUGCUGUUUUUAUGCUCUUACGGGGUUCUCCACAUAAAUGUUCAAGUGUUAACACGUAUGAUAUUUUCAUCCUGUCCUGUUAUCUAUUGGUUUUGUGCAUAUCUUCUUUGUGAAACGCUGCCCAAUUUCGAGCCAUUAAUAAUGAAUAAGCACAAUAAUAAUUCUCUGUUCAAUAUUAAAUUUGAAUUGUAUCAUUAUUUAGUAGAUAUUUAUAAAGCAUUAAAUCCUUUUCAAUAUCAUUUGGUAAAACAUCGUAUUAUACUUUGUUAUUUCUUAGGUUAUGCUAUUAUAGGCUGUAUUUUACAUCCUAAUUUUUUACCAUGGACAUAGUACCCCCUUUUUUUCCUCUUUUUGUGUUUUCUAAUAAGAUUAAUCAUUAUAAUAACUAAAAUGGUCUAUAAUUUGAUUUUUAAAAAUUUUAAUUAACCAAUAUCUUGUGGUUAAUUGUUAGAUUUCUCCUGUAGAUUGGUAAGACAAUUUGUUUAUAUUUAGUGUCUAUUUACUGUCAAGUGGUACGUGGUGUAUUUUGUAUGUAUGUAUGUAUGUAUAUGUGUGUUUGUGUGUGUGUUUGCAACCCUUUUGUUUCUUGUAUCAGAUUGGAUUUUCAUUAUUAACCGAUUACAUAACCUUGUCUUUAAAUAUGUUAUAUCUUUUACUCUUGUUGAUCUUCUAACUCUACUGUUUUAAAGAAAAUAUUGUUAAACUGAACAAUAGCCAUUCAGUCAUUAACAACGUAGAACUUCGUACGUACGUACAUCAAUUCGAGUUGUCAUACCACAUUAGCCAUUCAUUUAGUACUGAUGAUUUUUAUUUUUAACUAUAAAACUUAUGGAUUAGUGUAAUGCUUUGAUAAAAAUCUAAUUGAAGAGAAAUAUUUCUUCACUGAACUUGUGAACUUUUGAUUGUUAUGUGUUAAAGAUAAUGGUAAGAAUCCAGAAUAGAGGAGGUGAUGUUACGUUUGCUAAUAGUCAGAUUUCCAGAAAGAAUUAUCGAAUUGUGGUGAAGAUAGUAAAUUAUUUUAUAUUUAGAACUCAAAUUAAAUCAGUAUUUGAACGCUAAUAUGAUUAUAUAAGCGUGAAAAAUUAAAAGGGUUAUUCGAUUACAAUCAUAGUCACUAUGGCAGAGAAUUAUUAUUAUUUAUUUCAACACAUAGAUAAUGGUACAAAGAGGCACCAAAUACAUAUGCGCCACACAAAUCUCAUUCGAUAUGUGUGAGGGCUGUGAUACUGCCCGGGUGCCCAAACCGAAGCAGGUGGUUUUCUUAGGGGGCCACACCCCGAGCCUUCGACCUGAAGGUCUGAUCCACAAGGCAGUGGAGUAUCGUGAGGAGAUGCAGUCCCAUGGAAGCCGGUGACCAACAAUUGGUUCAUUCGCCAUUUGUUCCCGCAGGAUACUGGAGCCCAUGUACACCAUUGAUUUGGAAUCCGGUUAAAGCGCCGGACAUUCGCUUUUCGUCCUCUCAUUUUCGUAAACAACACCCCCGCCACGAGAAGGCAGUGAGUAGGACUUCCCUGGAAGAGGCUAUAUACGCGUGGCCGUGUGAGAGUAUUUCGAGAGGGAGAGCGGACUCUCCCCACUCUCGGCCGUACCAGGGCAUUUGGGGACCAGAGAAAGGGCAGAGAAAGGUUCACCGCUUUAUUAAUUAUUUUGAAUGUAUGGCUAAUUUUGAUUUUUUGUCCACUAUCCAUCAGGACCCUGACGAUUGUACUUGUUUAGAGUUUACUGACUUUCAGACAGGUCCCUUGGAAUGUGUUUAAGCUUCUAUCAAAGUUUACGAACACGUAUCUUUAUAAUCAAAUGAUCUUUUUAAGUUUUCUGUCUUGCAUGAUGUUGUUGAGGUUCAAAUAUAAAUUCGACAUGUUCCAACUACACAAUUGUACAAUAAUUUACUAUUUCCAAUACAACUGUAUAGUCUCUUUUUUUGAAAAAAAGUCUGAUUAUUAGAAACUAUGGCACUACCCCCUUUAUUUUGUAUUAUUAUUGUUAUUACCAUUAAUAUGUAGAUAUUCGUUAACCUUAUCAAAUAUAUCAUAUCUUGUUCUUUUACCUAUGAAUUUCGGUUCUGUUUUGAAUAUUCAUCUACGAUUCCUUGUCUAAAGUAUAUUAAACCAUCUUUAUAGUCAUAUUACUCCUUGUAGCGAGAAGCCAUGAAAUAAAAUGGAUUUAUUUUAUUCUGCAGAUUUUAUUUUUGCACUGUUUAACAAAAUAUUGACUAUUUAAAUGCUUC